AUGGCGUGGAACGACGACCUCCUCCUCAAAGUGGCCAACAUUGUCGCCUAUGUCUUCUUCACCACGGGCAAUGUCUACUCGCAGCUUGGCGUGGGCGCCAACCCGGUGGUGCAGGAGACCUACCUCACGCCCGAACGAUGGAUCUACGGCGUCUGGCCCUUCAUCCACUUCCUCUUCCUCGGUAUGAUCAUCUACCAGUUUACCGACUCGGGCCACGCGCACGUCGUCAACGGCAUCGGCUGGCGCUUCCCUGGUCUGUGCAUCCUCAACGCCAUCUACUCGGGCCUCAUCUCGUCGCAGAUCAACACGCACCACGACCGAAUCUACGCCAUUCUCGCGUUCAUCGUGAUGCUCCUCAUCGCGGGUACCGUGUCGCACUGCUACCGCUCGCUCAAGGUGCACCACUCUGCCAACAACUUGGCCGACACGGUGUUGGUGCAUCUGCCCUUCAGCCUGUACCAUGGCUUUGUCGUGGUGCUGUUGUUUGUCACUGGAUUUGAGGCCUUUGGCGUCAACGCUUUCACCCACAAGGCCGGCAUCAUCACCAAGAUUGUCGUCUUCCUCUCGCUGCUUUUCCUCGAGUCCACCGCGGCCGGCUACGUGUGGUACUCUGAGGGCGACGUGGCCGGUGCGCUGGUGAUCAGCUUGAGUCUGCUGGCCAUCUUCCAGCACCAGACGUCGAGCAAGUUCAUCCACUGGUCCGCGCUCGCUUUCUUUAUCAUCAGCUUGAUCGCCGUUCUUCGCGCCGUGCUGUCCAUCUUCACUAGCAGGAACAGGACUGCCAUCACCGACGAAGAGCGUGCCCCUCUCGUUGGCUGA